AUGGCUCUGUUUGAGGAGGAAAUGGACACCAGUCCAAUGGUGUCCUCUCUGCUCAGCAGCCUGGCAAACUACUCCAAUCUGCCUCAGGGCAGCAAGGAGCAUGAGGAGGCAGAGAACAAUGAAGAGUCACGCAAGAAACCAAUACAAGCUCCUCGUAUGGGCACGGUGAUGGGUGUGUACCUGCCGUGUCUGCAGAACAUUCUGGGUGUCAUCCUCUUCCUCAGGAUGACCUGGCUCGUUGGCAUCGGAGGCGUCCUGGGCACUUUCACUAUUGUCUUCAUGUGCUGCUCCACAACCAUGCUGACUGCUAUUUCUAUGAGCGCUAUUGCCACAAAUGGAGUUGUGCCAGCGGGUGGUUCCUAUUACAUGAUUUCUCGUUCUCUGGGUCCGGAGUUUGGUGGUGCGGUGGGCAUCUGUUUCUACUUGGGCACCACCUUCGCUGGAGCCAUGUACAUCCUUGGAUGCAUCGAGAUUUUACUGAUCUACAUCGUACCUCAGGCAGCAAUUUUUAAAAUUGAGGGACUGGAGGGAGCUGAGGCUGAGGCAGCUUUGCUGAAUAACAUGCGUGUUUACGGCACCAUUGUGCUGAGCUUCAUGGCGUUGGUGGUCUUCGUUGGCGUGAAGUACGUCAACAAGCUGGCCCUGGUCUUCCUUGCCUGUGUCAUCCUCUCCAUCGUGGCUGUCUAUGGAGGGGUCAUCAAAAGCUCCUUUGACCCUCCAGACUUUCCAAUCUGUGUCCUUGGUAACCGGACACUGGUGACAAAGGGUUUCGAUGUGUGUGCCAAAACCAUCGAGCGCGGCAAUGGCACGGUCACCACCAAACUCUGGAGAAUUUUCUGUGACUCAGAAUUCCUCAAUGCCACGUGUGACGAAUACUUUACCAACAACAACGUGACACAGAUCCAGGGAAUUCCCGGAGUCACCAGUGGUAUUCUAGCAGAGAAUCUCUUUGGGAAUUACUUGGAGAAAGGUGACAUCAUUGAGAAGCGCGGCGUGCCAUCUGUGGCCGAUCCAGAUGCUCCCAUCACUAACGCCAACCGCUAUGUCCUGGCCGACAUCACCAGCUUCUUCACCCUGCUGGUGGGCAUCUACUUCCCCUCCGUCACAGGAAUCAUGGCUGGCUCUAACCGUUCCGGUGAUCUUCAGGAUGCUCAGAAGUCUAUUCCGAUUGGCACCAUCUUGGCCAUCACCACCACCUCCAUCAUCUACAUGUCAUCUGUGGUUCUGUUUGGAGCCUGUGUGGAGGGAGUGGUCCUGAGAGACAAGUUUGGGGAAGGUGUCAAUGGAAACCUGGUCAUUGGCACAUUGGCUUGGCCUUCCCCCUGGGUUAUUGUGUUUGGCUCUUUUUUCUCCACCUGUGGGGCGGGGCUUCAGAGUCUGACAGGUGCACCACGCCUCCUCCAGGCUAUUGCUCGUGAUGGCAUUAUUCCUUUUCUCAGGGUGUUUGGUCAUGGCAAAGCUAACGGGGAACCCACCUGGGCCCUGCUCCUGACGGCCAGUAUCUGUGAGAUAGGCAUAAUCAUUGCCUCUCUGGACGCUGUCGCUCCCAUCCUCUCCAUGUUCUUCCUCAUGUGUUACAUGUUUGUGAAUCUGGCCUGUGCUCUCCAGACUCUUCUCAGGACGCCCAACUGGAGACCACGCUUCAAAUUCUAUCACUGGGCUCUGUCAUUCCUGGGCAUGAGCUUGUGUCUCUCUCUGAUGUUCAUCUGCUCUUGGUACUACGCUAUCGUCGCCAUGGGAAUAGCUGGCUGCAUCUACAAAUAUAUUGAGUUCUGUGGGGCAGAGAAGGAGUGGGGUGAUGGUAUUCGUGGAAUCUCUCUCAGCGCUGCUCGCUUUGCCCUGAUGAGACUGGAGGAAGGACCUCCACACACCAAGAACUGGAGGCCUCAGAUUCUGGUUCUGGUCGGUCUUGAUGCGGAGCAGAAUGUGGAACAGCCGCGGUUGCUGUCAUUGACUAAUCAGCUGAAGGCGGGUAAAGGCCUGACCAUUGUUGGCGCCUGUGUUGAGGGCACUUAUCUGAACAACUACGCUGAGGCCCAGAAAGGAGAACAGUCCCUGCGGAAGCUGAUGGAGACAGAGAAGGUGAAGGGAUUCAGCCAGGUGGUGAUCUCCUCUAACUUGCGAGAUGCUACAUCUCACCUGAUCCAGGCAGGUGGACUGGGAGGCUUACAGCACAACACCGUACUGGUCAGCUGGCCCCGCAACUGGAAACAGGCUGAGGACCAUUCACGCUGGAGGAACUUCAUCGAAAUCGUCAGAGAGACGACAGCAGCCCACUUGGCCCUGCUGGUCCCUAAGAACAUCUCGGCAUACCCGUCCAAUGGCGAGCGCUUUACCGAAGGCCACAUUGACGUUUGGUGGAUUGUCCAUGACGGGGGAAUGCUUAUGCUUCUCCCCUUCCUGCUACGACAGCACAAGGUGUGGAGGAAGUGUAAGAUGCGGAUCUUCACAGUUGCUCAGAUGGACGACAACAGCAUUCAGAUGAAGAAAGACCUUAUCACUUUCCUCUAUCACCUGCGACUGGACGCCGAGGUGGAGGUAGUGGAGAUGCAAGACAGUGAUAUCUCAGCCUACACCUAUGAGAAGACCCUGGUCAUGGAGCAAAGGUCUCAGAUCCUGAAGGAGAUGCACCUCACCAAGAAUGAACGUGAAAGAGAGAUUCAGAGCAUCACUGAUGUGUCUCGUGGGUCAAUUCGCCGGAAGAAUCCGUCCAACCUGCACAAUCAGAAGAGUAUUACGGAGGAACCAGCUGGAGUGAGCGGAGAGGAGAAACCUGAAGAGGAGUCUGUCCGUCUCUCCCGUCUUCGGCAGGUGCAGCUCAUCCAAGGGAAGAACACCACGCCCACACCCACCAGCCCCGCCUCCCCAACCACCCCGACCCCUGGAACCAUGACCCCCGGUGAGGAGGUGCAGAUGACCUGGACAGAUAAUGGGGAGAAGGCCAAGAAUGCUGCUGUGGCUAACCCAGAGGGCAUCAAGGACAUGUUUAACAUGAAACCCGAAUGGGAAAACCUGAAUCAGUCCAACGUAAGACGCAUGCACCACGCUACGAAACUCAAUGAAGUCAUUGUGAAGAAGUCACAAGAGGCAAAACUAGUCCUGCUCAAUAUGCCAGGGCCACCCAAGAAUCGCAAAGGAGAAGAAACCUAUAUGGAGUUCCUUGAGGUCCUGACUGAGGGUCUGAAUAGGGUCCUCCUCGUUCGUGGGGGUGGACGUGAAGUUAUUACCAUUUACUCUUGA